CCUCUGCACCUGAGCCCACCUGUGGGAGCAGGACGAGCUGUUUCGGUCCAGACCGACAUGACUCUGAGCAGACGAACCGGACUCUCCUGGGCCCUCCUGGGCCGCCGCAGAACGUCCGGACCGAGCCAGGUCCGGACACGGCCGACCCGGUACCUGUCGUCCUCCGCUCCGCCCCCUCCUGGCUCCUGGAGCUCUCACCUGUCCCGGCUGCCCCGCCAGGACCUGUACCGGCUCUCCGUCACCGACCCGGACCGGUUCUGGGCCUCCGCAGCCGCCGACAGGCUCCGCUGGAUCGAACCGUUCCAGCGGGUCCAGGACUGCGACCUGGACCGGGGCCGGAUCCGCUGGUUCCUGGGGGGGAAGCUGAACGUGUCCGUGAACUGCCUGGACAUCCAUGUUGAUGCUCAUCCGGACCGGGUGGCUCUGAUCUGGGAGCGGGACGAACCUGGCACCGAGGUGAAGGUCUCCUACAGGGAGCUCCUGGACAUGACCUGCCGCCUGGCCAACACGCUGAAGACCCACGGCAUCCAGAAAGGAGACAGGGUGGCCAUCUACAUGCCCGUGUCUCCGCUGGCGGUAGCCGCCAUGCUGGCCUGCGCUCGCAUCGGCGCCGUGCACACCGUGGUGUUCGCCGGCUUCAGCUCCGAGGCGCUCGCAGGGAGGAUCCAGGAUGCUCAGUGCAGAGCGGUGGUCACCUGUAAUCAGGCUGUGAGAGGAGGCCGGCUCAUCCAGCUCAAGGCCACCGUGGACGCCGCCGUGAAGAGCUGUCCCUCUGUCCAGCACGUCUUUGUCUCGCAGAGGACCGAGCAGCCUCCAGUGAUGGGAAAGCUAGACGUUCCUCUGGAGGAGGUGAUGUCCUCUCAGCCCACUGUCUGUCCACCAGAACCUCUGGACAGUGAAGACCUUCUUUUCCUGCUCUACACAUCAGGGAGCACGGGGAAACCUAAAGGCAUCGUCCACACCCAGGCCGGAUACCUGCUGUACGCCUCCAUCACUCACCAGCUGGUGUUCGACCACCGUGACGGAGACGUGUUCGGCUGCAUGGCCGACAUCGGCUGGAUCACAGGACACAGCUACGUGGUCUACGGCCCGCUCUGCAACGGUGCCACCACCGUCCUCUUCGAGAGCACACCUGUGUACCCGCAUCCAGGCAGGUACUGGGAGACGGUGGAGCGUCUGCGGAUCAACCAGUUCUACGCCGCGCCGACGGCGCUGCGGCUGCUGCUGACGCACGGCGACGGCUGGGUGAGGAAGUACGACCGCUCGUCCCUGAGGACGCUGGCGUCAGUGGGGGAACCCAUCAACCAGGAGGCCUGGCACUGGUUCCACAGCGUGGUGGGAGAGCGGCGCUGCCCCCUGGUGGACACCUGGUGGCAGACAGAGACCGGAGGAGUGUGCAUCGCGCCCCGGCCCGCAGAACCAGGAGCUCCCAUCAUCCCGGCCAUGGCCAUGAGGCCGUUCUUCGGCAUCCAGCCGGUUCUGAUGGGUCAGAAGGGUGAAGCUCUGACUGGGAACUCCGUGGGCGGACCUCUGUGCCUCCGCCAGCCGUGGCCUGGGAUGGCUCGCAGCAUCUAUGGAGACCACCAGAGGUUCAUCGACUCGUACUUCAGACCCUACCCUGGUCACUACUUCACCGGGGACGGAGCGUUCCGGUCCGAGGACGGGUUCUACCAGAUAACGGGCCGCAUGGACGACGUCAUCAACGUUAGCGGCCACCGGCUCGGGACGGCAGAGAUCGAGGACGCUCUGGACGAGCAUCCAGCUGUUCCAGAAUCUGCUGUGAUCGGAACCCCUCAUGAGAUCAAAGGAGAAGUUCCGUUCGCCUUCGUGGUUCUGAAGGAGGACCUGAGUGAUGACCCGUCCACUGUCCUGCAGCAGCUCAGACAACUGGUCUCUACAAAGAUUGCUAAAUACGCGGUACCAGAACACUUCCUGGUGGUCAAACGGCUGCCGAAGACUCGAUCUGGAAAGAUUAUGAGGCGGAUCCUCCGGAAGGUUGCCAUGGAGACGGGGGAGGACCUUGGCGAUGUGUCCACUUUGGACGAUCCGUCUGUCCUCCAGGAGAUCCUGGAGGUCUACCAGCAGCACAGGAAGCAGAGACAGGAGUAGCAGCGGCUCAGAAUAAUUAAUGACGUCAGAGAUGGAAAAUGAUUUAAUGUCUGAUUAAAUUAAUAAACUGCCUCAGAUUAUCACUGAAAUUGAUGAAUGAGAUGAUUUUACUCCAAAGACAAUCUGACAUUUGAGCUUAAAUAAAGUUUUACACCAACAAAC